ACAAGCGAGAGACAUGCACAAGGAAAGUGAUAAUCCCUUCAGUGGAAGGACUCCAUUAUUACAUGCUGAGGAAAACCUUGAAAACCAUCAUGAGGUUUACAAUAGCACUGCCUGUAAACACUCAAACAUAAGCUGUUCAUUAUCAGAUGAAUCAGGUUUUGACAUUGGAACAGUGAUAUCAUAUCACAACAUUUGUUACUCAAUCUUUACCAAGGUGAAAGGAGUAAAAACUGAGAGGCAAAUCAUUAAAAACCUCAGUGGUAUAAUGGAGCCAGGACUGAAUGCAAUACUGGGGCCCACAGGAAGUGGCAAAACCACGUUUCUUGACAUAUUAGCUGGACGAAAGGAUCGCAAACACUUGUCGGGUCAUGUCCUUGUUAAUGGAGUCAGACAGCCUAGUAAUUUCAAGUGUAUCACAGGAUAUGUUGUACAGGAAGAUGUCGUGAUGGGCACCCUUACUGUGAGGGAGAAUCUUCAUUUCUCAGCAGCGUUACGACUUCCGGGCAAGCUGAGCAAACGUGAACGAGAACAGCGGGUGGAUGCAACUCUCAGUGACCUGGGAUUGUUUCAUGUAGCGGAGUCAAAGGUUGGAAAUGAGUUCAUCCGGGGUAUUUCAGGAGGAGAACGGAAGCGCACUAACAUUGGAAUGGAGUUGAUUAUGUCGCCGUCUGUUUUAUUUCUUGACGAACCAACCACUGGUCUCGAUGCAUCCACAGCUGUGUCUGUCAUUCAACUUCUACAGGGGCUUGGUCGUCGAGGAAACACAGUCAUAAUGUCCAUUCACCAGCCUCGCUAUUCCAUCUUUAAAAUGUUCGACACCAUUUCACUGCUGUCCAAUGGCGAGUUUGUAUACCAGGGCCCCGCGGUCGAGGCAAUUGCGUACUUUGAGGAUUUAGGGUACAUAUGCGAGGAACACAAUAAUCCAGCAGAUUUCUUCAUGGAUGUUAUAUUUGACCAUGAAGCGGCACAAAGACUUGGCCUGGGUGACAGUUCAGAUACAACAGUGCUGUCAAUGGAUGAGGAACAUUCGUCAAAACUUUCUAAUUUACCCGAGAUGUUUAGAAAUUCACACCAUGCCAGGAAAAUUAUACAGACAACUCAACCGAUUUUUGAAGGAUUUUCAACCAGCCUUCGAAGCGUUGGAUUUUCUAAUGAGACAGAAGUUACCUAUGCGACUUCUUUCUUAAGUCAGUUGGCCACAGUUUCUGGACGAGCGGUGAAAAACAUCAUUAGAAAUCCGCAGACUUCCAUUCUCCAGUUUGUCACCAUGAUUAUAUUUGGCGUCAUUGUCGGUGCUAUUUAUUAUCAACUAAAGAAAGACGAGCACGGAAUACAAAACAGAGUUGGUGUGUUUUUCUUCCUGGUGAUGAACAUGAUAUUCGGAAACCUGUCAGCAGUGGAACUGUUUAUCAAAGAAAGGCCAAUAUUCAUUCACGAGUCUGCCAGUGGCUAUUACAGGAUCUCGGUUUAUUUUUUGGCCAAAGUCAUAUGUGAUCUGAUACCAUUGCGACUUGUUCCAAUCGCUGGAUUCUCAGCUAUUGUCUAUUUUAUGACAGGUCUGGAUACUGAUGUUACGAAAUUUCUCAUUUUUACCUUGACACUACUUUUGACCUCCCUUUGUGCUUGUGGUGUCGCUUUCUUUGUCAGCGCAUGCGUACGGACCUUCGCUAUAGCUAACCUCCUUAUUGCCCUGCCGUAUGUCUUCAUGAUGGUUUUUGGAGGGGUGCUUGUGAAUCUAAACUCUGUCCUUGAUUGGCUCUCUUGGAUAAAAUACGUCAGUAUAUUUCGAUACGCUAUAGAGUCACUUGAAAUAAAUGAACUUCAUGGAAUGAAUUUCACUUGUCCCAGGAAUGCUAGUGUCUUUGGACAAUGUGUUAGUCGAGGAGAUGAGUACUUGGCAUCGCAAGGCAUUUCCGUGAGUGAUCUGUGGUACAAUGAAAUCGCCUUGGCCUCAAUGACGGUUAUUCUGAUGACUUUUGCUUACAUCGCCUUAAGGUUGAUAAAGAAGGAGAAGUAAACAGUAAUUGACUCAUUCUUUGCUGUUCAAUUGCUACAUAGGAUAUAUUUAUAUUUCGGGUAGCGCAUUGAAAUAAAUUGACAGCACUGUGAGUCAAUAUACGUGGUGAUACUGUGAACCUUCAUACAGUAUUGCUGAAACAAACAACUUAACCAAGUAUGUCCCACACGGGACGACGAGGAUUAAAGAACGAAAAGUAUGUAGCACAUAUGCAAUUAUCAAAGGUUAUGUUAUAAGAAAGGAAGAUAGCAAUCUAGGUCACUGAAGUCUGAAAUGAUGAGCAAUUAUUGCGUAUAUCUAAAUAUGUGAAAUGAACUCCAUCGAAUAUUAAUUCUUUGUUAGCUUCUUUUCGUAAACAAAAUUUUGAUAUUUAAUGAGUGAGUGUUUUCCCACUAAAAGCCGUCGCUAAAAAUUGAUUAUGUAGGAUAGUACAAAAAGAGGUCAAUUUUUUCUUCAAUUUGAUCAUAACACUAGUGUAAUUACCUAUUCUAAGUCUCUUCGAGCUUGCUUCCAAGUUCUGUGUGCAAAAAGGAGUAUAUUUUUUCGCAAAGAUGUGAUAAAAUUCUACGUGAGGUGCUAAAUAGUUUGUUAUAAAUGCAGGACAUAUAGGCUUACCUCGAAAAUUUCUACUCAAAUAUUGUUUUCUGAUUGGCUGAGUUAUCAUGCACUAUCAGCCGCUAGUAUGCAGUGGCUGAAGGUCGUCCACAAAAUAGCAGGUUUUUAGUUUUCCCAAAGUUUGUGAGGACGUUGCUGGAUAAUUCAAUUACCGACAAGACCAAAAUAAAGACAUCCACAGUAAUGCGA